GGGUGUACAUUGUAUGCUACAUAAUAAACUGACCGCCAUGGGUUCCUUGUUGUAGGCCUUUAUAUGAAGGCCCUGUGUAAAUACGUGUACAUAUAUACUUUCUGCACUUCACUGACACUAAGGAAUAUAUUUUAAUCUGGUAUAAAAGAAGGGAUCGUCAUGGCAUCCUUAAACUCUUUGUUAGACUCUGUUGUUUCGGAGGAAGUUGAGUGUGCAAUAUGCCUCAACAAAUUGGAUACACCGCGUAUACUGGCAUGCUUGCACAGCUUCUGCGAGAAGUGCUUGGAGAAGUGCAUCCGCAACCGCAAAGACUCGAAAGACGACUCCUCUCAGUCGGGCAACAGCAGCUUGAAGUGCGCCCUCUGCAAGGAAUAUACUGCCCUUCCGGACUCUGGUGUUCGAGGACUGAGACUCGACUUCAGAGCUACCCGAUUAGUAGAAGCACUUCAAGAACAGGAAACCCGAGAACGCAAACUUGCUAGUUCGGCACAUCGCUGCGAGGCAUGCGGAUGCACUGAAUCUGGAGAAACUGCUUCUACGGACUCACCAUUUACCUACUGCAGAGAAUGCUGCCAGGUCCUCUGCCAACGCUGCUCCGCGGCUCAUGCUGGUUUGCGACUGACCCAAUCACACACGGUCGCUAAAAUAUCUGACUUGCUCAAUGGGAAAGUCACCAUCCAGAGCAAGGAUCACUCCAUGCUAUGCCCGAAGCAUGCUGACGAAAAACUGAAGAUUUUCUGCGUGACCUGUCUUGAGCCCAUUUGCCAUGAUUGCACCCUGAUAGAUCAUAACCGAGAGCAGGGUCACCAGCUCCAAUUCCUGAAGGAUUUUAUUCCAACCAUUCGUGAAGAGCUAAGCUCACGUACAGAAGAGGUUACAGAAAAAUCCGGGGAGUUCUCGGAAUUUCUCAACUUGGUUGAUGACUUGGAAACCCAUAUCAUAGACAAGACUAAGACAACCAGCAAAAGCAUACAGAAUGCCGUUGUCGACUACAGCAGCAGGGUUGAAGAAGUGCAUUUUCAAAUGGAGAAGGUGGCUUGUGAUUAUCUAGGUGAAAAGACAAAGCAAUUGAACCAAUUGAGGAAGAAGACGCAUCACAUUAAGUCACUAGCGGAAAAGAGUUUAUCACUGACGAAGCAAAUCCUAGAGAAUGAGCAGGAUCUUGUCGGCUUGGCCUCUAUGUAUAAAAGUCUUAGAGAAGCCAUGGACAGAGCCUUAGCUGAAAAACCCGAUGAGCAGAAGCUGAAAAAUAUAAGGAAAUCCAUCGAUCGUCUGCACUAUCACGUAACACCUCUCGAGGCAAAAAUCGGUAAGGUGUCCAUAGGAUGUAGCUGCAGAGAGCGCAGUUCGUCGAGUGUGGCUUGUAAGAAUGGUCCAAAAGAUGUUCUGUUUACGCGGGAUGGAAGAAUGUCGGCCAUUGUCCAAGCUGAAUGCAUUGGAGGGAGACCAGAGACAGUUUAUGUCAAGACCGGUACUGAGACACUUUACAAACUUGACACGCGAGAUGCAGGGAAGAGAUACGAAGGCUACUACAGCAGCAGUAGACAAUCCUAUUCGGCCACCGUUAGGGGAAUUUAUGAUGCCAAGGAUGUUAAAUGUCCCGCUGUGUUCGCAGCUAUCAAACAGACAGCAACCAGCUUCCCAAACUGUACCUCGUUCAGUUGGACCCGAUGGCUUCCAACUCUGCAGUACGACAGCAUCAGGUGUUUUACUGCUCUGUCAGAUCAUCGCUUCGUCAUUGCGACCACUGAUGCAAAGCUGUACGUCCUCGGGGAUGCUCUAGGCGAGCUAUCUCAUGAUUUACCAGUGAAACGAAGUAUCUCGGGCUUGGCAACAGACAACGAGGACAACAUCUACAUCACUGAUCGCGACAACCACAAGAUCUAUAUCCUGCGGUCCGAUGGCAACCUGAAGAAAACAUUGACCGUUGAUGAUAUCUCCCCAACCUGCAUCGCCGUCCCUCACAUGGGGCCAGAGGUCAUUGCAGUUGCACAUGAACCAGCCACAGUAUCCGUCCUAGACCAUUACGGGAAUUCACUGUGUUCCAUCCACAACGAGCAAUGGAAGAAGGUGGCCAUCGGGUGUGACGCUGACCGGUUGCUUUACAUCCUAUGGUCCGACAGAAACAACAAGAAGACGCUACAGCGAUACACCUUUCAGGGAAUGCAGGUGGAUACCCUGUUUGAGAAGGAAUCGCACAGCUACACCGAUCUUGUCCUAGCAGUAUCACCUACAGGAGCUUGCGCGGCUGCAGUGGUCACAACUACCGGUGUUGAUGGAAAAGUGGCUACUGUAGCACCAAGAGAAAAACCAUCCCCUGAAGUGCUCCCAUAGGCGUAUUCAUAAAAGCAGACUGCAAAAGUCGUGUGGCUUCAUCCAAUGAUUUAUCAAGGAACAUGGGUCAAACACUUAAUUCUCUAUCAAAAUACAAAAAAAAAUUUAUGAAGGGAGAUUUUAAAGAAAAGGGAACUAUGUGAACAUUUCAGAUUAAUGCAUUUUGACUGAAAAGAUACAAACAUGAUAUAUCACUGCAGAUUAAAGAAUUUACAUUGUAGGUGCCUAUGUUUCAUAAAUCAGUGGUUGAAGUCUGACGACUGUAUCCAAAACUUAAUUGCUUUUAUGGAUAUCAUCCAUGGGAGUCCGAAGAAUUAAUUAUAUUUUAUAUUUUGUUUGGAUAAAAACGAUAAUAUAUACAUGUACUUUUACUGCAAGAAUAUUAUUUGCAACGACACGACUAGGCUAGACCAUUUGCAAAUAUUCAAUAACCUUGAGACUAUAGUUUCCACUUUACCACUUCACCUCGGUAGAAGGCGCCAAAAUAGUGAAGACGGUCCCGGGGGCAUUAUGCCGUUUUGACCACUGCAAGUCGUCAGCGCUGACAGUCACACCAACAAAACCGAUUCCAAACCGACCGAUUGUACGUCACUGGAAAUAACGUAAUAUCUUUGAUCGGACGAGAGUGGUUUCGUAGGUGAGACUGUGAAAUUGAUGUUGAUUGUCUAUACGGAAAUAUGGAUAGCUUUUCAAGGGAAUCUGCGAUGUUACAUAUAUUGGUUGAACAAGAACAUUUGGUACAGUGUUCCUUCAAUGAAUUUGAUGAUUUUUGUUUUAUGUGUUUUAUUGAAUAAAGGGCGUAAUUAAAAAGUUUGGAAGUGAUCAGAAGAAAGUAUAAUUUUCUUGGGAAUCAACUUUUUUCAUAAACUAAGGGGUUAGGAUUUUAAUUAUGUAUUCUUAGAUCAAUCUGAUGAUGGUAUACCAUUUAUACGAAACUGCAUAGGUCUAUUAGAUAUGCAACUUCUAAUUUUAUUUAGGACAUGCAUUCUUGAGUUAGAUCAAUGUCGGAGGAGAAAAUGAACAAAAUCAGCAUUUAGUGUCUCUCUUUUCUCAUACUGUUGCUUUCAAUGUAGUACGCAUAAUGUAAUAUUGAUACAUCUGUUAUGAAUUGUCUAAAUGCAAACAUUUAUUGUACUAAACCCAAUUGUCUCGUUCUACCUCUUCUUUCUCAAACUUUCCCUUGCAAACAAGUCUACUAAAUUAACACUUGUUAUUCUAUAUAGGUCUAGUAAUUAGUGUUCACCUAUCUAGUCAGUGUAAUCAGUUCUUGAUAUCUUGGUAAAAAAACAAUAUGCUCUCCAAGAAAUACACUUAAGUAAAUUAACUGCUUGGAAGUUAUUCGCAAUGGAAAAAAAUAUGAAGGACAAAUUUCUUUAUGGAUUUUCCAAGAAUUACUCUCAUGUAUGUGCGGGAAAAUAUCAAAAAUUGGCAUGCGCUUUUCCAAUUGUAUGAUGUUGUCAAACUUAGAAAAUGUGUUGGUACAUUGUGUCAAAUAUUGAAUGUUUUCUGACUGAAAAUUUCAUAUAACUGUAUACAUUUCAUCAAAUAUGAAUUCAAUUUGGGGUUGAGCUUCAGCUUGCGUUUUGGCGUAGUUCAGGAGAAACAAACUUUUUGCUUCCUUUGCAAAUCUUUGUCAUACAAUUUCUGUUAAUAUGAAAUAACAAUAAUUCGUGCUUAAGUGUCAUUAGCCCUCAUAAAUGGUCUUCAUUAUGCUUUCAUCUUGUUGAAGAAACAAAUAAUUCCCUAGCACAGUAACAAGUUUCUGAUGAGAAUAGGCCUAUAGGACCUCCAUUGUGUAUUAAGGUGUACGUUUAAUGUCAUUUCAUUACGCUCCAGGAAGUCCCAUUAAUCGUCGAUAUGACUAUGAAUUUCGUGUUUUCAUUUUCAUGUAUAUGGCAGGCAGCCGAUUUAGGGACGGUUUAUGACAUUUAGUUGCAAUUCAUUAUAAUUAAUUAUAACAUCAUUCAGUUCGUUUGGCUUUACUUGAGUAUUACCAUUAAGCACAUUAUCUAUGUUACUGGCAGACUGGUUUAACUAAUUAUUUUGAUUGCGUUUGAUGCCUGUGCCAGUUUGUACACAAAAACAACCUUAACGUUCGGCCAAAAUUCAAAUGGUAUUUUAAGCAAUUUCAUUUUGUAAAAUGAUCAGAGCAGUUCUACGUUGGUACGAAGUUGAUCUCGUACUUUGAGAUUUAUUAAUGGUCUUCCAACUUUAAUGAGGAUAUACAGUAUUGAGUUUGAUAUUUUGAAAUAUUUUCGUGAUUUUGUUGCAGUGUUUGUGCUGUUCUGGGGAGCAAUUCAUGGCACAGAAGAUCGGUCAUUUUCACGGACAAUAAGCUAAAUGCAAAUCCUUGCAUCUGAUUGGCUAAGAACUAAAUAGUCAUUGAAAAUCAUUGAUUAUUUGCUUCAUGAAAAACUCCCCCGGGCAGGAUUAAAAUAUAUUUGCCUGAUGUACUACUGUAUAUCAUUGUCCGCCACCCCCCCCCCCCCCCCUUUAUGCAACAUACAUAAUCCAUCUUAUACCAAAGACAUAAUGCUUUAAUGAAUAGGCAUGUGUGUAAAUGGGUUCUCGGAAUAUCACCUUAACUAUGAACUGAAAAAGUGCCUUUUAAUAAGGAAUUGGUCUCUCAAUAGGUUUUCAAUGUGUGGCCUGGAUUAUGCCUCUUCCCGGGGAGUGUUUCAUCAACAUUUUUGUCGUUGUCAGGUCUGACAACUUUCCUUGAUUCUGAUUGGCUUAGAGGUACCGUUACCAUAGUAACUGUCGGAUAAAACAGUACUUGCCGGAUGAAACUUCUGACAGGUCCUUCCAUGAAACGCUCCCCUGAAGACCACUCAAUCUUUUUAGAAGAAAGAAGUGUCAUAAUUACAGCAUCAUAAAUGCAUACUAUGUAUGACUUAAUUAAGCAUUUCAUCUAAAGAAACAGCUUUCACUCCUUUUCCAAUAAUUUAGGUUUUUAAAUCUCUCAAACCGUUCAACGAAAACACGCCUCAAGCUCGUGUUGCUAGAUAACUAGGUAUAAACCCAAACUGGGUAUCUCCAUAUUUGUUCUGAAUACACUAAUACUGUAUCAUUCGUAAUUAUAUAAGAAAAUAUUCUGACAAGCUAAAUACAUAACUGACUUUUCAGAGUGGAAUUGACUUCUGUUAAAGAGUGGAAAUUAUAUUCUCUCACCUUUGAUAAGUCCUUCAUGAAAAACUGGGGGGAUUUAAUCUUACCGCUGGAGGGUGACCCCCCCCCCCCCCCCUUCACCAAAAUCAAGUACCCGUACAGUCUUUUGAACAUUCUACGCAAUUAGGAUUUGGGGUAUCUUAUUUCUAUUCGAUUGAGAUGUUUUAAAUUUAUAACCUUUUUUAAUUCGUCCCUAACAUGUGUCAUAUAUCGAUUAAGACUGUAGUUCUGAAUAUGUUAAACAUUUCAAAACUCAAAUAUUAAGAUUUAUUAAUCUAUGUUCCUUUUAUUCACUGUACCAAUCUCAGAUUCCAUAAGUAAACAUUUCAUUCUGUCAUUAAGGACCUCUAUUUCUAAAUUAAUAAACAACACUCCUC